GUAAGCAUAAUAAAGUUAAAGUUACUCGAAUUCCAUGUAGCUUAUCUAAGAUAGCCAUACAAUCGACACUCAAGUAUCAACAAUGCUACCGCAAAACACCUACAUACUUAAAACAGCGUCUUUUCACUUGUUACCGAUAACAAACGAAGAUGGAGGCAAUUUGAAAACGAACUUUUUGUUUGUUACUGAAUUAGUUGAAAUCCAAGACGGCGCAGAACUGCUAAGGGCAAGCUAGUAAAAAAACUAAGAAAAAAAGAAAAUCCCCUUCAUCCAGCCAAGCUAUGACAGACGUCGAGAUAACGCCAUCUGUCCAUUCAGCUAAGGAACGAGACCCCUUGGAAAAUCGAAAUAACACAAACGAUAAGACAGCGGCUUCAAAACGUAUGCCUUUCACGCUAGCAAGCCCAAAGAGAAGCCUUCCUCGCUUAAGCCCAAAAUUCACCAAGAAAGAGAAAACACCCAAUGGGAAAAACCUGUCUUUAACUCUGGAAACCGGAAGCGCAGACACUCUUGAUGGAGAAGUAAGUAGGGAUUCAUUGGUAAAUGGUACGAAACAGAAGAAGAACAAAAACUCGGCAACUUUGAAAUUCCCAUCUAUGAGCACAGGCCUGAAAGCCUCAGUCAUCGUGAAUCGGAUUGCUUCAUCGCCAUUAUUUAACCGAAAAUACACCUGGACACCGGAACAGAUUGCAGAAGCCGUCCCUAUGGAGCCUUUAGCGACAUGCUCGACACCUUGCCUUGAGGAACCUAAAGAACCAUCUAAACCAUGCGAUGGUGACCCACCUCUUCCAAAAGAAGACCCCAAACACACUAUCAAUUUACGGCCCCCGUCCAUGAUCAGAGAUGACAAAAAGGGAGAAAGCAGCCAGGACACGUCCCCUUUAAUACAAGAGGCGACGCCAUGCAUCAAGCAUGCUGACCUGGAGUCAAAUACUGUGGGGGGAGAGGGAGGGGAAGAGAGUAAUGCGCCUUUACUUGUGGAGAACCCACGUGCUUCAGAGCUUGCAGAUGACCAGGCUGGCGAGGACAAGGCGUCGAAGACAGCUCACACCGUAGCGUUCCAACUCGACGAGGAUCCUUUCUCGGAUGACAGCGGCUCUAUCAUAAUACCACCCCCUCCCCCUGGGUGCUGCGCCUGGAGAGGAUUCGACAUUGCUGCCGUGGUUGCCAUGGUGCUGGUACUCUCUUUUGGUGCUGCUGCUCUGGCACUGCAUUUGGACGGACAACUCAAAACAUUUCUUGGAAUGGAAGAUGAUGCUCAGAUUGUCAGUCCCCCUUGCCACCUAGACGACAAGUCUACGGUGUGUAGCCCAAAUGCCGUAUGCGUGCCCAGCAAUGAAGAUUACCAUGCAGGGUCGACGUGCCGAUGUAUGCCUGGGUACACAGGGAAUGGAUUCACCUGCAACGAUAUUGAUGAAUGUGUUCUCUCUGCACCUAACUGCUCAAGUCAUUCUUACUGCUCCAACACCAUGGGCUCAUACACCUGUCGGUGCCAUGUGGGAUUCAUCAAGCUCAACGGCGAAUGCGUGGACCUCAACGAAUGCCAAAAACAUUUUUACUGCCCUGCAACAUCCCGCUGUGUCAAUACUUUGGGCUCGUACAAGUGUCGUUGCCUAGAAGGUUACCACAGUGCAGGGUCCAGCUGCAUUGAUAUCGACGAAUGCAAAACAAGUGCACAUAACUGCCAUGCCAACGCCACAUGCGUGAACAAGAUGGGGUCGUACGAAUGCGUGUGCAAGGAAGGAUACUUCGGUAAUGGGACGCAUUGUGAGGUCGACGCGUGUUUCACGAGACCAAGCCGGUUAUGUGACAAGGACGCCGUAUGUAGAUUAGAAAAUAACGCCAUCAAGUGCAUGUGUAAGGCAGGAUAUACAGGCGACGGAAUCACUUGUGAGGAUGUGAACGAAUGCCAGCUGCCAGGAUCAUGUCACGUGCAUGCCACGUGUGCAAACACUAACGGGUCUCAUGUGUGCACGUGCAACAAGGGUUUCAUCGGCGAAGGAGAUUUAUGUACGGAUAUCGACGAAUGUCACCAGAAGGCUCACCUUUGCAAUAAAAAUGCGCUUUGCCACAACAUACCCGGAUCAUACAAGUGCAUGUGCCUCAAAGGUUACCAUGGAGACGACUGUCAUGACGCGAACGAGUGUGAGCGUGGUGAACAUACGUGCAGCAAGAAUGCUAUGUGUAUUAACACAUCCGGGUCCUACGAGUGUGUCUGCAAUGAUGGUUACCGUGGUAACGGGACUAUUUGCGAGAUUCCUUCUCCAGGGAAGAGACAUAAUGCCGGUGAUCAUCAUCGACUGGAUGGCUAUUUAUUUGUGCAUAUAGUAAUAUUUUACUUAUUCAUUGGUUGUUGGUGACCAACAGACCUGGGAGUAGUGUGAACAAGUAGUUAAUAAGUAGAUGUUUGUGCCGAGUGUUGAAGACAGAGACCUUUCCUUAGUACUGGGCCGGGAAGGCUCGUGCCCCCAUCCCCCCUCCCCCGAAAAAAGGGCAUAACUUUGCCUUUCCAGUUUUAAUGUCUCUGAGUCGUGUCCUGAUACGGCCCUGAGCGGGGAAGGCUAGAGGCAGUGGGAGAUUUGCAUUAUUAUUUAUAUUAUCAUCUUAAAGUUGACAUCCAAUAUAAUUUUUGAAUAAAAAUAUACUUCCUUUUGUGUAUUAAAA